AUGCCAUUGGUGCACAUCGGCGGCAUGAUGCAGUAUCCAACGCGCGGCAAUUUUGAGGAACCCAAGAACUUCGUGCAGAAUAACUCUUCAAAAGCAAUUCGGGUUGUGGCGCUGUUACAUGCAGACGUGCCUGCUGCUUUUAUCGAUGAUGCUGUUAUGUACUACCAGCAAAAAUAUGAUUUGGAGAAAAAAGGAGAUCGUUAUUUUCUCAAAUUCCCUGAUAGUAGUGCCACGUUUAAUUGUUCUAAAGCUCACUUCACUAUGGAAAAUCUGUUCAAUGGAGACAAACAGUUAGGCAACACCCUCAACAACUUCCUGAACGAGAACUGGCGCGCCGUGGUGGACGACCUGGGGCAGCCGUUCGUGGAUGCGGCAGCGCACGUCAUUCGGCAGUUCGCCUUGGCCAUCGUGGGCAACGUCCCGUACGACGAGAUUUUCGACGACGUGGAAUUGCCGCAUGGUACUCCGCGUUGGCUCUCCUGCUCCGCCAUGGCCGCCCAGCCCCUGCUGCUCCCGCUGCUGCUGCUGGUCGCAUCGCUCCACUCGCUCACGGACGCCGCCAAGACUGCAUUCAAGUUCCCUCCCUUCAUCCACAAAUGCUCACUCAAGGACCCCAACGUGGAGCAGUGCGCGCUGGAGUCUGGCCGCAUCGCGCUGCCUCACUUGGUGAAGGGUAAUCCGUCAAUGCGUCUACCUUCCCUUGAUCCCCUGAGUGUGACAGAAGUUCGCGUUCAAUCAGGCAACCAAUUGGAUAUGCAUUGCCGCAACAUUGAAUGGAUAGAUCAAAAGAAUAAGGUUUAUUCGUGUAUUUGUCGGAUUCCACGUCUGGAAAUUUCAGGCGACUACACAGUUGAUGGACGAGUAUUAUUACUUCCCAUUAAAGGAAGCGGCAAGGCAGUUUUCACUUUCGACAAUGCCCUUAUGUCCUAUCGGCAAAAGUUUAGUUUGGAGAAAAGAGGAGAUCGUUAUUAUCUCAAAUUUCCUGAGAAUAGUGCCACAUUUAAUUGUUCUAAAGCUCACUUCAGUAUGGACAAUCUGUUCAAUGGAGACAAAAAAUUGGGUAACACCCUCAACAACUUCCUGAACGAGAACUGGCGUGCCGUGGUGGACGACCUGGGGCAGCCGUUCGUGGACGCGUCAGCGCAAGUCAUUCGGCAGUUCACCUAUACCAUCGUGGGCGACGUCCCGUAUGACGAUAUUUUCGACGACGUCGAGUUGCCGCAUUGAGAUUUUGGCAUGUCGACAGAAGACCGUCGGAUCUGCAGAGAAGCAUUAUGCACUCUUGGUCAAUAGUUUUCAUAAAUAUAAUUUAGAAUCUUUUCACUUACGUGUCAGCGAAGUAAUUCUGUGAUACAAAAAGCUCCAUACCCCAUGAAUGUGAAGGCAAGAGAAUAGUAUAUUUGUUGCCAAAUUAUUUACUCUGAUGUUUCAUUCGUUUCCAGUUAAACUCAAGCAAAAAACACUUCACAGCAUGAGAUAAAAUGUUCUAUUUAAAUUACAUUUUGCUUUCUCUUUUAGUAAGUAUGUUCUUGUUUAUCAAUCUACGAAAAUGUAUUACUUCUUAGUGUCUUAUAAUUAAAAUAUUUUGUUAACAUUGCUAUUGCAAUAUAAGCAUCAUACGUUAUGCACUAUUAGAUGUGUAAUUAUUUCCAAAACACCUGCUUGAGAAAAAAACGCUUAUUUCUGUGUCACCUGGGAAUUUCUGAAUUAAAGUAACAAUAUUAUACAAUCUUUGAAAAUAUAUACUGUUCUGUAUUGCACUAAAAUUGAUAUUUUCCUAAAUAAAUGAGACUAGACAGC